UCUUGUUUGUUUUUUUCGAAAUUUGUGAUGAAUUUUUUCUUAAGUAUAUCCUUUUUGUGUAGUUAGUUAAACUCGUAGUCCUACGGUCUGUUCUGGCCUUACCACAAACUUUUUAUUGCUACGGUCUGCUUUACAAGGCAACUGUUUAUUGCAACGAGGACUGUUAUUUUAGGUUUUCUUAAUUAGUUAUGAAAAGUCUCAUUGAUUUGAAGUUGUUAAUGUUGGAGUUAUUUGCUAUGAAGUUGUAAAUUGAAAAUCCCCUUUUCGGAAAACCACCUGCGCUUGUCCGCUGGCAUCAAACAGCGACAAUUUUUGAUUAAAUACCGUUGCAACAGUUAAUUUGCGGUUUUGGGAAUUCUUCCAAAUUAUUUGUACUUUCAAAAUGCUCCUUUUUUUCUUCCACUUUGAGUUCCAUAAAAAUGCUCCCCAUAAACCCAGACACCCAUACCAACUAUUUGGAUGAAAAAUGAUGCGGCAAGCUAGUUGUGGUCCUACUUUUUUGCGUGUUCUGGAGUCAAAAUUUAAGAAAUUUGUUCAGCAAAUAUAAUAUUAUUAGGUUCAUCUGGUCAAUGCAAUGGUCCAGUCAAUCCAAUUAUUUUGCCAAAAAUAGCAGCAAUGCAGGUUUACUUAUUUGGGAAGCUAUGUGAGCGUAAUAUUUUUAUGACCACAUGAAGACGUUCAUUUGCAAUACCUCAAGGCUGCAGGAUAACGUUUCCAGUCUUGGAAAAAAAACCAGAGACAGUGCAGUUAGGAGUAUUCCCCGUAUUCACAAAUAGCAAUUUUUUCAGACAUAUACUUUAAAUUUAGAUUAGUAAUCUUUGCCUGUUUCAUUGUUACUGGAAUUAACUGUGAGGCUAAAAAAGGAUUUCAAAGUCGCAGGCAUGACAAACUUUCUCAAAGCUCGUAUUUACAGGCAUGGCACCACUGGGGGCUGAAGGCACCACUGGGGGCUGAAGGCCCCCACUGCGCCCCCACCUCUUCAAAGACAAAAAUUUUUGACCAUCUUUUUUAUUAUUUUUGAAAACAAAGUAUGAAAUAAAAAGAGAACAAACUGUUUAUAGACUGUUUGAUUUUCUUUUAUCUAUUUACUCACUUGUUUUUUAUUUCUAUUAUUUGUCUAUUAUUUGCAUCAAUUCAGUAGAUAACUUUCUGUAUCAUUGCAAUGACUGCAUUGUGGAUGUGUAAACAUGGCCCACUGAAAAUACCCAAGACAAAGAAGGUGCACACUUCUGUUCAGGAAGUAAAAUUCUCUUAAUCAAUACAGUAGCUUUUUGUUAUUCACAUUGAUGUGCACUCUGAACCAAUAGGUCACCCUUUCUUUCUUUCCCCAACAUCUGUCACUAGAGUUUUAGCAUGACUCCUCCCCUACCAAAUUUUUCCUAAAAAUCAAUAACCAAUGUUUGCUGAGAAUCAUCAAAUUGUCUUAUCUUAAAGUCAUUUGACACUUAAAGUCAUCUUAAAGUCUUAAAGUCUUGAAGUGGCUUACAGCCACUUGACCCCCAGCGGUUGACCAAUCAAAUUGUGCACAGAGAAAACCAUUUGAACAGUUUCCACCUUUCUGCAAAUCGGCAAAACCCUAGAGUGGUUUCACAUAAGUAGUUUCAAAUCACCUUCAAUUGGGUGUGCCCUUAUCGAGUUCUUUUUGGAUUCGCUGUACUUAUGCAUCUCAAAUGCCUUAAACAGUAUAGUUUUAACGGUAUAGUAAUUUGUUAAAUUUUAGUCUGUGAGAUUCAUUUUUGGCCAUUCUAGAAGGCUCAAUUUCAAAAAUUUUCUUUCGCAUUGGACCCUACCACGGUAGGUCCUCCUAUGUCACUUAACCUGAUUCUUAGCUCUCCAUGUCCAAUUGAAUGGUGCCAUCUCUGGUUUCUAAACCCAAUAUCGUUGAGAUGUGUCACAGACGUGUUUCAAAGUUUAGUCAAUACAGAUACUCAGAAUAUUAACAAAUAUAUUCCUGUGAGAAAGAGGGAAGGCCGUCCAUAAGAUAGAACCCUAUACAAUGCCUCAUCAGAAUACUUUGAAAUCUCUGUGGCUUCUUCUUCUUUGAGCUGUGCUGGGGUCUUGUAAACUGGCCUAUGUUUUUGCUGCCCCAUAACCUUUAAUACAUGGUAUAUCCAGUGUGGAAUGUAUCAUUUUUUUCAAGCAGAAAGUCACUUGUGAUGCAAAUUAGAAUCUAGGAAUCUAUUUGUCUUGCAAGUUGAUCCUAAGCAAUUAAUUACUUAGCAAAUAAACUCUUUUAAAAUAAAAUUGCAGACCUUUUAUAUUCAAAAUUUCAGUGAUCAAUUGAGUGUGUUGAAAUAAUUUAUAAAGACAAUUUUGACAAACACAAAAGAUUUACCAGCAAGAUGUUAUUUAGAAAGUUGAUAUGUUUUGAAUGUUAUUGAUAAGUGAAGAAAUGAAAAUAAUUUGAUUUGUUUGCAGGUAAUCAAAAUUCAUAUUUGGGGAUGUAUCAUUCAAUUUAUUCCCACUGAGUAAUUUGUUAAUGCUGUUAUUUAGGAAAUAAAACAUAUUUGGCUAAUAUUAGGGAGACGGGCUGCAGCUCUUGCUUCCAACCACCUUGGUAAAUAGUUGUUUGAAGGAAGUGGCUAGAAAAUUUGAUGCAGAAUCACGAUGCCUUAUAUUUAGUGGCCUUGGCAAGGUACACUUUGCAUCCAAUAUUGAAAGCUUUACAUUUCAAUUCAAUCAAACUACAAACCUCUCUAUUACAUAGGUAGUUAAACUGUCUAGCCUGGGUUUACAAGAUAAGACUACUUUUUGAACCAGUUCUCUUUUCAUUUUGCAAAGACAUAUAGCACUUACAAGCCUCACUUUUUAAAGGUAUUUUGUAGGUGGCACCCUUACACUGAAAAAAUAUCACAAAAUCAAAAAAAAACAGUUGCAUACAACAUAAAAAUUUAAGCAUGGUGAUGUUAUGAUGAUGAUGGUGACAAUGUUGGUAAUGACAAUAAAGCUUGUAGUGUGGUGGUAGUGGUAAAGUGUAGAUGCAAUGAAGCUCUGGGUUAGGCCAAGGUUUCUUUCUAGGGCAGCAUAUAAAGCAGGUGCAUCAAAUUAUGAUAGAUGUAAUGACAAUGGAAUUUGUCAACAGCAAAAUGGUCCAGCAUAUCUGUAAAAGUAGAACAUGAUUGCCCAGUGAUGCUAAGGAAAUUGAUUAAGAGGUUAAAAGUUUAACGGACUUGUGCAAACUGCCAAGAGUUUUCAAAAGAGAUUUAUACUUUUCCUUUUUGCGAGAACUGUUGCAAUCAGUAGCAUGUCAGGUCACAUAGAAUCACCUGUGAUAAUAUGAUAUGGGGUAAGAUAAGAUGGUAGAUCGGCAUAUAAGAAUGUGCUAAAGAGAUAUGGUAGGUUUUUGAUGAGAAGGUUUAAAAAUCUACAGCAUCUCUCCAACACAUUCUUAUAUUAAUAAUAAUAAUAAUGAUAAUAAUAAUUGUAAUUUAGUAAAAUAAAUACAGUAAAUAUUCACUGAAACAUGUUAUCCUGUUAUCCAUGUGUGUCCUGAUUAAACGAAAUUGAAAAGGUUAAAGGAAAGUAUCAUAGCUCAUCUUUCAUUAAUAAAGUUCUGCAGGAAUUGUUUUUAAAAAUAUGCCUUUUUGCAAGAAGCACCUUUGAUUCUUUCAUGUUUAUCUAAAGUAAGAAGAUGAAGACAAAAGCAGCCUAUUUUAUUUAUUUGCCUUGUACAGGUUGAAAUGGUUGUUCUACCUAAGAACCCUUGAUAAUUUUUUUCCAAUAAUUCUUGUAUGAUAAAAGUUAACAGUUUUUUACCUAGCUUAAGAAUCUUUGCUAUAAUUUGCAGAAUUCUUGUAAAUUAUUAUAGCUAAGCAACUUUCCAAGAUCAAUUUAGGCGUUCAUGAAUAAGGAAUAAUUGUCAGUCACCAAAGCGGAAAAUGAUUUGAAAUGGUAAUAAUAUUGCUGAAACUUUUAUAAGUGUAUCUUAUACGUUCAUUUUCAUAAAACUGGUGACAUAUCAUGACUGUUUUUAGAAACAGACCCUUUCUUCGUUUAUCUCCACAAUUUUGUAGGAAAUACAUGCGUAAUUUCUGUCCGGUCGCAGAAAGAAAAACCUUUUUCAUACUAGUUUGUGUAUCAGUUUGUGUAAUAUUUAGUAAUAUCUGAGUCUCACUAUUCAUUAGACUCCUUGUAGGAUAUCAAACAGUUAUUACUAAUUGCACUGGACAUCGGCAAAUGGUAGGUAAAGACUAUAGGAUAUGCAUUUAGUUUGUAAAAUGGACAUCUGCGGCAAUAAAGGCUGAAAAGUUCGAUGUUAUUGCAUGUGUACCUACAGGCGCAAGAAAACUAAAAGGAGUCAGUUGACAAUAAUUAAAAUUGUUUUUAAAUAUUAAGAAUUUAAUUACUGUUGUUUAUUCAGCAUUGCGUUUGAUCUUUAGACAAUCAUUAACUAAAAUUAGUUUUUUGUCACAUAAGCAGGGACGUUGAUUUGUAGUUUGCACGUAAAACUACUUUUGGAUGAAAUUUCUUUGUUUGUGUACAUUUGGUUUCCAAGGCAAACGGUGUGCCUUUAUGAAACAAAACUUUAUUUUUUCUGUUAAAUACAAAGAAGCAGUUUUUAGUAGUUUUUAAAUGCGAAAAGUCGUAAUUAAAAGCAGCUGUGUUCUCCAGCUGUCUAUUAUUCUCGAGAGUCACUAAAAAUGUACAUCAUUUGAGCUCUGGCUCAGUUCUUUAAGGACCCGUCGAGGAGACGUUAAUUCACAUAAAAUACUUUUCUUAGCACAAGGAUAGAUUUAUCUGAUUAAAAGAAAUAGUUUGUAAACGAGACAGAGUUGGGGAUGGAGCACAAUACGAAGAAGUACGAGGUGAAUUCAAAUGUCAAAAGCCAACUAACGGAAAUGGCACUACGAUCUUACUUGGCAAAUUCCACUAUCCAUGGACUUUCAAAAAUUGAGGCAUCAAAACAUUGGAGUCUGAAACUUCUAUGGAGUUCAGUAAUUAUUGCUCUCUGUGCUGCAAGCGUCGUUAAUAUUUAUAGCCUUGCUGGAGAAUACUUUAAGUACCGAACAUAUUUGCUAAUAGAAGAGUGUGCAAAUCGUACGGCUAAGUUUCCCAGCGUCACCAUUUGCAAUGCAAACAACUUUCAAAGAAGUAAGGUUGGCAAUCUGGCCGUGGACCCGGAGGCGCGUUUUCAGCAUUUCUUGAACAUUAGCCUUGAUAAGGGAGCGGUAGUAAAUCUGUUGAAUUUUCCUAAUGCACAAAAUUUUAUGUUUCAGAGCAAUUUUUCAUCUGCAAAAGCCACACAGUCGGCUUCAGAUACGCUUUUUCUAGAAUCCAUCGAGGGUUGGUGUAGAUUUGGGCAUUUCAAAACUUGCAACCAAAGUGACUUUAAAGAUUAUUUUUAUGGCUUGGAGUCUGGAUUUUGUAAGACGUUCAACCCAGACGGUAAGUUCACCCAGGUUGUUGUGGGGCCGUAUGGAGGACUCCUUUUAACUCUGUACCUCAAUCAAGACGAUUAUAUGAGGCUCCUGCCAUUUGAUAAUGGAGCUGGUGUAUUUGUGAAGGUGCAUCCACAGGAUGUCUUCCCUUACCCAUCUAAUGACUGGCUUGCCGUUGAACCAGGGACUCAGACACAUAUAUCAAUAGAACAAAAGAUCAUGCUUCGAGAGCAAAAGCCGUACAAAUCUGAAUGCGUUAAUAGGGACGAAGACUUGAUAUACCCAGGCCGUUAUCAUGUCAAUAAUUGCUUACAAUCUUGCUAUAAUUUGAAACUUUAUGAAAGCUGUGGCAUAGUUGAGGCUUCAGUGCUUUACCAUUUAGAGCAAAAAGGGAAAAAAUUCCCCUCUCUGCCAAGAAACAUUUCAAAAAACCCGGCUGCCUGUGGGAUAGAGAGUUCCACAAAUCUAACUGCAAACGAGUUUUUUUGUGAUUGUCCGUUACCAUGUUACGAAGAAACUUUCAAACUUACUGCGACGAGCUCUCGAUGGCCUACCGAAGCAGACAUGCAGUAUUACAACCCAGUUCUUUCCAAAGUACUAAAUCGAACAAAUUUAUCAAAGGAUUUCAUAAACUCAAAUUUUUUGCAGCUAAAAGUUUACUUCAAAUCUUUCAGCUACCAGAAAGUUAUGGAGGUGCCCGCCAUGAAUUUUUUUUCACUGGUUGCUGGUAUCGGCGGGUCGCUUGGGCUUUUCAUUGGUGCCUCAGUCUUCUCAAUUUGUGAGUUACUGACAUUCAUCGCUGCAGCCUUAUUUGGUCGAUAUCAUAAACGCGUUGCUCACAUUGAUGGGAAGUUGAGAGACAGAGACCUGGAAGUUGGAUCAUCAAUUGGCGACCAGGGUACCAGAGAUGUAGGAAUGGAUGGAAACCUGAGUAGUUACUAAACAAUGAAAGUAGUAAUGAUAAAUUUGAUAGCUUAAAGUAUAUCACUUAAAUGGAAAUGUUUAAAUUCGCAAGGGCUAUUUUAAUCAUACGAUGUUUUGUCAAUGCAUCAUAUGACAACAGGGCAGGGGUAGCAAAUAUUUGUCUUGGACUUGCGGGUGAUAUGAUGUCGUGCCAAAGUUGGAGCCUAAGAUUUAUUCGGGAGGAAAUAUCACUGCUUGCAGGGGACAUGGGAAAUGAAAAAUGCCAGGGUCAUUCAAUUUUUUGAAUCAGGACUCCGUGGUCAGGAUAUUUCUCGUCAGGGAAAGUUUUCAUCGGGCUUUUUGCACAGCAGUAUCAUUUAAUAGUGAGACACCUUUCAUAAUCUUAAUAAAAGUGUUUUUAUUUUUAUGACUCCGACUAUCCAUUUUGAAAUAUCUGACCCAUAGAUUUGUUUAAAAUUGGAAAAUCUACAGGACCCUAUUGCAUUCCAGGAAAGUAAUUAGAAAUUCUAUCCAUAUACAAUCUUCAUCAACAAAUUUACAGGUAGCAAGUCUUUCAUUUUUUCAAAGAGGCCUGUCCUUUCACUUCUCAGGACUAAAUAUCAAUUUCUCUUUUACUCUAUAGAAUCAACGAUCUUUUAUUCUAUAGAAUAAAAUAAAUAACACUGAUUUGGUUUCAUUCUUGUCUCAGGAGCACGUGUCAGCAAACGGUUAUAUUAAAGCAACCUUAUUGCUUCAUGUGGUGUCCCACAGGAACCCGUUCUCGGUCCAUUCUUUUUUCUCAUUGAGAUGGAACAGGAUGGUUCACAGGUGCUAAAUAAGCAUUUUUCUCUUUGCGGAUGACACCAGCAUUUACUAAUUUUUCGCACUUUGCUGGCAAUAAAUUAUCAAUAAUUUACAACAUGAUUUGAAAAUUCUUUGACAAUUUAACUUAAAAUUUGUAUAAACGUCUCCAAUUUAAACAGUCAUUAAAACUUGUGGACCUUUGAUAGUAAUCCCGAUUUCAACCUAUGAAUACUACAGAAUUUACUUUACCAUAAGACCUAACCAAAAUGGAAAUUUGAUGGCAAGUUAGCGGGCUUGUCAUGAUCAUCUAGUGGAAUAUUGAGAAUUGCCAUGGCCUUUCGAAGCAUCUGUUUUGUGUAUCAGAGAUGGGAACUAAAUAAUCUUCAUGUACUGCCUCUGUCUUGCGUGCGGAACUACCUGCUUGCUUGACCAAGUCUGGCCGUGUGUCUGCAAGCUUGUGAGCUACUGCGCGCCUCCAAUUAAAAGGCCUGCAUCGAAAUUGAUCUAAAGCGUUGUUUUUCAACCUUCUCCGAUCCAUGGCGCAUUUUUUCAUUGAAUAAAUCACACAAAGGCACACUAACAACAGAAAUUUUGAAAAAUGAAACUCUUUGGCCUAUAUUCAAAAUAAAGUCGCUCUCAAAGUAGAUCUACAUCUAUGCAUAUAAUUAGUAAAGCCCAAACGGGCAUCACACUGAUAAGGGCAUCGCACUUUCCACAUACGCAAGAGUCAGCAAAAUGUGUGUCAUGGUCAAAGCAAGGACAUGAGGCAAGUGGAAAAAUUUGGACUUGAAUAAAACGGUCACCAAAAUUGAAAGAGUGACAAUUGCGGACAAUGGAAAGGCCCUAAACAGCACAAGACAGGGACCAGGCACGUAAAUAAUAGG